GGCUAUAUUCGACAGUGCCGCAAGCACACGGGAAUGUUCACUGUUGCACAGCUAGCCACUAUUUUUGGAAACAUUGAAGACAUUUACAAGUUCCAAAGAAAGUUCCUGAAAGACCUUGAGAAACAGUAUAACAAAGAGGAACCUCACUUAAGUGAAAUAGGAUCCUGCUUCCUUCAGCAUCAAGAGGGCUUUGCCAUCUAUUCCGAGUAUUGCAACAACCAUCCAGGAGCCUGCGUGGAGCUCUCCAACCUCAUGAAGCAGAGCAAGUACAGGCACUUCUUCGAAGCUUGCCGCCUGCUCCAGCAGAUGAUUGACAUCGCCUUGGAUGAUUUCCUCCUCACGCCAGUGCAGAAGAUCUGCAAAUACCCUCUGCAGCUGGCAGAGCUGCUCAAGUACACCACGCAGGAGCACAGUGAUUACAACACUAUAAAGGCAGCCUAUGAGGCCAUGAAGAAUGUGGCCUGUUUGAUCAAUGAGCGUAAACGCAAGCUGGAGAGCGUUGACAAGAUUGCUCGCUGGCAGGUGUCCAUUGUGGGCUGGGAGGGAUUGGAUAUUCUAGACCGAAGCUCAGAAUUGAUUCAUUCAGGGGAAUUGACCAAAAUCACUAAGCAGGGCAAGAGCCAGCAGUGGACCUUCUUCCUGUUUGACCAUCAGUUGGUGUCCUGCAAGAAGGACCUGCUACGCAGGGACAUGCUGUACUACAAGGGUCGCAUGGAUAUGGACGAGAUGGAGCUUGUGGAUGUGGAGGAUGGGCGGGACAAGGACUGGAACCUCAACGUGAGAAACACCUUCAAGCUGGUCAGUAGGACCACAGACGAGGUUCACCUGUUCUGUGCCAAAAAACAGGAAGACAAGGCAAAGUGGCUGCAGGCCUGUGCGGAUGAGAGGCGUCGGGUGCAGGAGGACCAGGAGAUGGGAAUGGAAAUUUCAGAAAAUCAAAAGAAACUAGCCAUGUUAAAUGCUCAGAAGGCAGGACAAGGAAAGUCAAAAGACUAUAGCGGAUGCCCUGUUGCCCCGCCACACCAGAACCUGCAUCCCCUCCACCAGCGCCACAUCACCGUGCCUACCAGCAUCCCCCAGCAACAGGUGUUUGCCCUGGCAGAACCCAAGAGAAAGCCUUCCCACUUCUGGCAUACCUUCCAUAAACUCGCCCCUUUCAGGAAGUGA